CGGAAAGUGAAAGUGGUGCAGACGCCGAGGACGCAGCUGACGCCGCUUGCCUGCAGCCGAGCCGAGGGGAUGCUCAGGGCUCCCGCGCCGCGGCCCGGAGAGGCGGGGGCGGACACCCAGUCCAAGCCGCUCACCUCCUUCCUCAUCCAGGACAUUCUGCGGGACAGCGCGGAGAGGCGCGGCGGCCACACGAGCAGCUCGCAGCCCCCGCGCCAGCCGGACCCGCCGCGACACCAGGAGCCGGAGCCGGAGCGAGGAAGAGGCGGCGCCGGGGCGCCCGAGGACGAGUGGAGCGCCCAGCCCCGCGCAGCGCAGGAGGCCGACGCGCACGCGGAGGGUGAGCCAGAUAGACACUUGGAGACUUAUCUGUUGGACUCUGAAAACAGCGCAGACUCCUUACCAAGCCUUCCGCAAACCUCGAAACAGCCACAGAAGCGCUCCCGUGCUGCCUUCUCCCACACUCAGGUCAUCGAGUUAGAGAAGAAGUUCAGCCACCAGAAGUAUCUGUCAGCUCCUGAAAGGGCCCACCUGGCCAAGAACCUCAAGCUCACUGAGACCCAAGUGAAAAUAUGGUUCCAGAAUAGACGCUAUAAGACCAAGCGAAAGCAGCUCACCUCGGACCUGGGAGACCUGGAGAAGCACACCUCACUGCCGGCCCUGAAAGAGGAGGGCUUACCCCAGGCCUCCCUCAUCUCCAUGCAUAACAGCUACCCUUACUACCCCUACCUGUACUGCUUGGGGAGCUGGAACCCACCUUUCUGGUAACGCCAGCGCAGAUGACAAUCCUGAGUGGUCAGACACUGCCUUCCCUGAGUCGCGUCUCUGGAGAGCAAAAGGCCAGCCAGGCUUAGGGAGCCUGAGAAGCAAGAGGCGUGCAUACUGACCCCACCGGAGGCUUGCAUGGACACCCCUGAUUCUUCCCUGGUGAGCCAAUGAAAGAUCUGCGAUAGUGAAUAAUACCCAAAUAUAUCCCCCAUAUCACACAUGAUAUGGCACUUUGUUUGCUCUUAGAGACCUCUGCCAAGUGGGGAGGGAUAAAAUCAAGCACUGUUACUAGCACUUCUGUGGUUUUGUGUGUGUUGUUAUCAUCACCCCUAAGGAUGCUGAUUCCACUCCACCUCUUGCGUCGCUGAACAUUGACCCUGAAAGUGCAAACCUGAAGGGGAAAAGGAUGGCCAAGACAAGGGUCUUCCCUCCCGAAUUACACUUCACUUCACAAACCUCUCACGGGCCUUGAAAUGCGAUUGGGGUUCCUCUCUGUCCCCAUAAGAGAGAAGAAGACAGAGGCUGUUCCAGGGAAGCCUGUCUGUUAGGCACAGACUGGCAUGGGAGAUGGGGAUGGGUAGGAGAUGAAAACGUGAGCUGCUUCUUCCUUUUUAAAUAACGCACCAACCUAAGUAUUUACAGGGUGGCCCAAGCAGAACAAGAAGCACUCGCUGCGGUUCUGGGACAAACUGUAUAAACAAGUUGUACUGCAUUAAGUGGGCCCGGGACAGAAGACUCUCUGGGUGUCAGAGAACGGCCUGAGGAGCCUCUGCAUUGCGGCUGGGCGGUUGGGGGGUGACACAUGAUUUUUGUUAAUAAAGGUAAAAAAGCUUCCUCUGGACAUUUUUGCCCUGGGCCUGAGAAUUGGAAUGAGUAGUUUGCUGGAGUUUUCAGGCUAUAAUUCAUACUAAAUGGUGACAGAUCACAUGCUUCUCUCCUAUAAGCUCCUGCCUUCCGUCCUUUUAUUUUUUUGUCCUUUUUCACAACAGUCACCCACCGAAGGGCUUCUUUUCAACCCAGACUUUUAGUCUGGCUGCACCUAACAUAUACCUUCCUUAUUUAGCCUGAGAUCUGGGUUUUUUUGUUUUGUUUUGUUUUGUUUUCUCCCCCCCCCCACCCCCGAAUCUCUCAUGGGCUUAAGGGGGAAAAAAAAAGUAGGGUAGGGGGAAGAUUCUGACUUGGCUAAAAGACUUUUUUUUUUUUUCCUAAACUAGCAAUUCUUAUAUAUUUUUUUCUUUAAAAACGUACAUUAAAUCCCAAAUCCUAUUUAAAGAUUUGACAGCUCGAGAAGGUCACCACUGCUUUUAUAAGACUUUCGGAGGCUCUGUUGUUACAGUUCAAAGUCAGACAACCCUCUGGGAUCCCUGCAGGCUGAGGAGUUUUAAGAGGUAUUGGGCUUUCACACAUGGAGAACACAGGGCGAAAAAAGAGUCGGGCACCACGAGCUGUCCAGUGGAAAUGCGGGGUUUGUGGUCAGGGCAGAAAGAAAAGGCAGUCGGGGCCUUGGGGAGCUGGGUUCUGGCUGCAAGCUGAUGAGGGGGCUGAUAGCCCUUGGCCAGCAGGGGUUAGGGAAAAGGAAACCCUUUUCAAAACACAUUACUGUCGCGUCCAUCACCAAACAAAUGAAAACACUUCGGGAGCUGUAUUUAAUGCUCAUAAAAAAUGGGUCCCCCAAAUGAGUCACCUCAUGACUUCAACGACAAUGAGAGGAGGGCUAAGGAGAAAUCUGGCCACGCUUCUGUUUCUAUCUGACUGUCAAAGGUGACCCAGCGGAGGGCAGACAUCAGAGCAGAAGAAGCCGGUUACUAAUGAGGGUACCCCAAAGCCUGGAAAUCUCUUGAUCCCACUACUUAAUUCUGUUUAGUGAGAAACCUUUCAAUUUCCUCCUAUUAAAAGGGGCGAUUUACUGUUGGUGGCAGAACUGCCAGAGUUGAUAGAAAGUUGGCCCGUUUCACCCCAUUUUCUCCUGCUUGGGCUCCCCAUGAAAAUACUGUUAGACACUCAGCUGCUGACAACACCAUGGGUGCUAACGGCAGACUGGCCUAGAUCGCUUGCUCCUGUCACAAAGCUUUGAAGAGAAGAAGUCAAGUCUGCUUGACUCCCUGCCCACUCCCUGCUCAGUACCCUUUCUCAACCACCCUCUCAAUUUAAGUUUUUCCACCUGCCAUUCUGCAAGUAUUAAACAUUUUACUGUGAUGUGUGUAUUGUGUUGCAAAAAAAAAAAAA